UCCAAGAAAUCUCUCGACGAUAAACCUGAUGACACACCAAAACCCGGUCCCGGAUCAUUGUAUACUCGGUGGGGCAGAACUACUUGUCCUCCUUAUUCAAACCUUGUAUAUGACGGUGUGGCUGGUGGACAAUGGUACGACGACACAGGUGGCGGAAGUAAUCUCUUAUGUCUACCUAACGACCCCAUUUGGGCCAAUUAUACUACAAAAGUUGAAGAAGGUGGUCACAUUUAUGGCAGUGAAUAUCAACUACAAGAUUACGACGCCAAUACCAUCUUUUCUUUUGUGUGGCUGGUGGACAAUGGUACGACGACACAGGUGGCGGAAGUAA